CACCUGUUUCGCACCGGCUUCUCUCUGGCAAUGUAACCUCGACAUGUUUUGCCUAGCCUUCUGAGUCCUGCCCGCUCAUGUUGUUGCCUUAUUUUAAUGUUAUGUAGUUGCAUUAUAAAAAUCGGGUUAAAAAAAGUUUUGCGGCCAGAGAUGGUAAGCAACAGUACUUGCGUGCAUUGGUUGUCACCUGAUUUGCGCCGAACCGAAGUACUGCUAUGUAGUCUCAACGCCGUCUUUCCUUCCUUCUUCAGGCCAUAGCUAUGGGUACAGCGCUGCCAUGGUGGCUCAAAUUUCUCGACCAAACAUCCAAAAUCGUGUCCACCUUGACUGCUGCAGCCAUUCUCUAUACCCGCUCGGCAGGUGUAGUAUAUUUCGUCACUGGCGCAGUCUUAUGUGCAGCGCUUGCCAAGUCCGUAAAGAAGGCAAUUCGACAGGAGCGCCCAUUAAAGGACUCCGCGCGCAAAGUAUCUUAUGGUAUGCCUAGCUCACAUGCAUCCACCUGCACAUUCUUUGCAACAUAUAUUACGAUGGCCUGCCUUCAGCUACCUGUUCACUCUACCUUGCCCGCUUCUUUUAUGUUCGCUCCAGUCCUCAUCUUACCAUGGUUGUUUAUGAUAGUCAUGUCAAGAGUCUGGUUGGGCCAUCACACAUGGCCCCAGGUUUCAGCAGGAACCGCUCUCGGAGCCUGCUGUGCUAGCUUUUGGUUCAAACUAUGGGUGGAUGAUGCGGCUGGCGUCAAGACAACUGCUCGGCAAGUCGAAGCCAUGGUGAGAUCAUGGCUUGAACAAUAUUAAUCAUCUCGGGAGCGCAUAUAUAUCCAUCCUACACUUGAAGACAUUGUAUUUUGGCAUGUUUCAAUGACUGUUGUGGAUCAGGUUUUUUAGAUAUACAGUAAAUCUCUUCGUAAUAGAUGUCCCUCGUUUCUUCAUUUUUGUCGUCGGACAGACAAUAGAUGCAAGUUAGCGUUCAUGGGAUAUUUCUUUCUCCUGCAACGGUUUUCCACCUGAAUAGCGGAAUAUAAUUGCGAUGUCAAUGUAGUACUCUUAAGUAUAAGUGAGAAAAAACUAAACUGG